CGGGCACCGAGUCGUCUGGCAAGACUGCGGGCACCGAGUCGUCUGGCAAGACUGCGGGCACCGAGUCGUCUGGCAAGACUGCGGGCACCGAGUCGUCUGGCAAGACUGCGGGCAUCGAGUCCACUGGCGGAACUGCGGGCACCGAGUCGUCUGGCAAGACUGCGGGCACCGAGUCGUCUGGCAAGACUGCGGGCACAGAGUCGUCUGGCAAGACUGCGGGCACCGAGUCGUCUGGCAAGACUGCGGGCACCGAGUCAACUGGCGGAACUGCGGGCACCGAGUCGUCUGGCAAGACUGCGGGCACCGAGUCGUCUGGCAAGACUGCGGGCACCGAGUCAUCUGGCAAGACUGCGGGCACCGAGUCGUCUGGCAAGACUGCGGGCACCGAGUCAACUGGCGGAACAGCGGGCACCGAGUCGUCUGGCAAGACUGCGGGCACCGAGUCGUCUGGCAAGACUGCGGGCACCGAGUCGUCUGGCAAGACUGCGGGCACCGAGUCGUCUGGCAUUGGAUCGUCUGGCUCGACAGCGGGCAUCGGGUCACCAGGCAUCAGGUCAUUUGGCUCGCCAGCGGGCACCGCGUCAUCUGGCAAGGCAGUGGGCACCGAGUCACCAGGUACGACAGCGGGCUCUGAGUCAAUUGGCACGACAGCGGGCACCGGAUCAGGUACCGGAUUAUCUGGAUCAACAGCGGGCAUCGAGUCAACUG